AUGAAGGAUAAUAAUCAAAGUGUGUGGUGGCGCGAAUACAGGAGAAGGUUGUACAAACCUAAUCCGAGGAACAUGAGCAUCGAGACAGUUUUAAGGAUAAACUUUAGGAAAACUUUCAGCGAAUACAAAGAACACUGCUCUCUUACUGGUCUCCAACGGAUUUGGAAGCAAAACCAAGGUUUUAAACAAAGGAUUAUCAGAACACUACUGUUUUUAUCGAUGCUUGGAAUUAUUGGAUACUUUUUCCAAAACCUGUGGUUCGAGAACCUCGCACGACCUUUGAUAGUCACCAUGGAGUCGUCGACGUAUCCCAUAUCAAACAUUGAGUUUCCUGCCGUCACACUAUGCAACUUUAACAGAAUUAACAAAUCAGCUAUGGAGAAAUGGUCCAAACUAGCGCCACAAUGCAAUGAAUUGCUGGUGCGAUGCGCUUGGGCAGGGGAAAUAGUCGAGUGCAGUGACAUAUUCACCGUCCAGCGCACCGUGCAUGGCCACUGCUGCGCUUUCAACCUGGUCGUUGGUAACUUUUCAGGAGGAAUAGGCAGAAGUAUUGACAUGAUAAAAAGACAAUACCAACCCGGCCAGUUACAAGGACUCAAUGUCGUACUGGACUCCAAAAUUGAAGACUACGCUUAUUCUACGUUCAACAUGUUUGGAUUUGAAGUGCUUAUUUAUGACGCAACACACUACGCUGAUCCAACUGGUGGCAACAUCAUCCAGCGCAUCAUCCAGCCCGACCAGUUUGCGUUAUUCGAGAUUAACACUGUGAAGCAAGUCGCUACUAAGGAAGUUCGCAAAUAUCCACCAAAAACGAGAAAAUGUUUCUUCCACGACGAGAUGAAAGAGGAAUUCAAAGACUUUUACUCGUAUAGCGCUUGCAUUGUGAUGUGUAGAAUCAAAACCCUCAAGUCACUUUGCAAAUGCGUUCCUUAUUACUUCCCCAUUGCUACUCAGGACGCUCCUGUAUGCUCUAUAGAUCAUUUGAAAUGCUUGAACAGAUAUAAAGAUAAACUAUUUUACCUAUUUCCGGAAGGCGCCGAGAAUACCCAGGGGCUUGAAGCGGAACUUCAAGACGCAUUAUAUUGUCCGCAGUGUCUGCCGGACUGCGAACUGACGCGACAUUAUUCUAGGCACUCGAAGAUUCCGCUCUCCUACUUUGUUAAUCAAAAUAAAGAGUAUACAAGUUUCUUCUUUGACGGCUUGAACAUGUCCGGUAAAUGUUUGCUCAGCAUUUAUCAGCCCACUACGGACGGAGUCUUGAACCGCCUUGACGUCGUGCUCUAUUGGUUCGAGGUUGUGAGCAAUGUUGGUGGGUUUUGCGGUAUCCUCAUAGGAUUUUCUAUGAUUAGCGUUCUGGAGUUCGUGUAUUUUUUUGUAUUUCGAUUUUUCUGGAAUUUGUAUACUUUAUACUAUUGAAAACCUAUUACUAUGUACUUACUAUUAUUUUUAUAACCAAUUAUUGUAACUAAUAGCUGCUAAAUUCGAUCCAUUAUAUUGUUUUAUUAAAUAAACACAAUUCUGAA